UCAAUCAUGAUAAUCUUCGAUCGAAUUCGUCAGCUGUCACAGGUACAAGCUUGGCCGUCAAGAUGGCAUCUCUUUGAAUGGUGUGAUCUAGCAAUAACGCCCUCAUUCAUCAAGCACUGCUGUCAGGAUAUGCUUACCGCCCAGUGGACGCGGAAGCUUCCCUUUAUUCAAAAGACUGCUCCGGCAGAAUUGGCCGCCAGACUCAUUCACACCUUUCUCGAUGACUUUCCGGACAUUGACUCGGAGCAGUACUUUGUCAUCGACUUUNGCUCUGGAGCAGGAGGUCCGACACCACUGAUAGAAAGAUCCGUCAAUACUUCCAGAGCCAACGCAGGCCAAAGCCCCAUCCCUUUCCGCCUCUCAGACUUCCACCCAAAUCUCGACGCCUGGAUGCCUCUAGCAACCCACAGCGCCAAUCUCAGUUUCAUCCCCCAACCUGUAGACGCCACAAACACAUUCAAAGCUCCUCCCUUGGUCAUUUCCAAAACCUCCUCUUCCAAGGGCUCCACAGGCGAUCACAAAUCCAUUCACCUCUACAGUCUCUCUUUUCACCAUUUUGACGACGAAUCUGCGCAAAAGAUUAUGAACAGUACGUUGAGCACAGCAGAUGGGCUCUGCAUUCUCGAACUCCAGGACCGAAGUCUGGGGUGUUUGGUCUUGAUGUUAGGGGAACCUUUGCUACUGUUCCUUGCCACGCUGUUUUGGUUUCCAAUGCAGUUUUUGCAUUUGCUGUUUACUUAUAUCUUACCUGUUUUGCCAUUUGUGCAAGCCUGGGAUGGGUUGGUGAGUUGCAUGCGCACUCGCACUUUUGCAGAAACAUUGAGGUUUGCGGAAAAGGCUCUGGGCGAGAAAGCUAGGGUUGUGGAAGAGAAGAGGAUGGGUGUGGUGGCAGAGAGGGUUGUAGUGGCGCAGUGCGGGCAGUGGAGGUUUGUAGGGGUGAGAAGGUUGCAUACUUGGCCGUUCGGAUAUGUGAAUGCUUUUCUCGCGAGGAAGGAAAUGUAA